GCCGCGCUGCCCCUCGCUCGCUUCCGGCCCGGCGUGCAGGGCCCGCCGCCGCCGCCAUGUCGGGCCCGCUGGAGCUCUCGGUGCAGGACCUCAACGACCUGCUCUCGGACGGCAGCGGCUGCUACAGCCUCCCGAGCCAGCCCUGCAACGAGGUCACCCCGAGGAUCUACGUGGGCAACGCGUCUGUGGCUCAGGACAUCCCCAAGCUGCAGAAACUGGGCAUCACCCAUGUACUGAAUGCCGCCGAGGGCAGGUCCUUCAUGCACGUCAACACGAAUGCCAACUUCUACAAGGACUCCGGCAUCACCUACCUGGGCAUCAAGGCCAAUGACACGCAGGAGUUCAACCUCAGCGCAUACUUUGAAAGGGCUGCAGACUUCAUUGACCAGGCCUUGGCUCAAAAGAACGGCCGGGUGCUCGUCCACUGCCGUGAAGGUUACAGCCGCUCCCCAACUCUCGUCAUCGCAUACCUCAUGAUGCGUCAGAAGAUGGAUGUCAAGUCUGCCCUGAGCAUCGUGAGGCAGAACCGUGAGAUCGGCCCCAACGAUGGUUUCCUGGCCCAGCUCUGCCAGCUCAAUGACAGACUCAUCAAGGAGGGGAAAUUGAAACUCUAGAGUGCCCCCACUGCCUUUUCUCUAGAGGUCCAAGGGGGAGGCCCUGGUUGAGGGUGUCCCAAACCACCAUGUUUAGGAAACACAGUAUAUACCCUGCUCCCAGCAUCACAAGGCACUUGCCCACAAGUCUGUCCCAGCACAGCCCAGGGCCACUUCUCCCCUGGGGAGCACAUGAAGUUUGCUGAGGAGGGUGUCCAUGCUCCCUGGUUGUCCUGUUCCUGUAAUUUAUGAUGUCCUUUCCCUGAGAUGGGGGCUCAGAGGGGGAAGGCCUGUGGCAUGCAUGCUUCUCAACGGCCCAGGGCAGGAGGUCUGCGGAAGUGUAAGGAAGGCCUGGAUGCCCACAGGGGCCCCUCAUGACCUCCCUUCCCUUACCCUGGAUCCUCUCCUGAGUGGCGACCUCAGCACCUUUAGCACUAGUAAAGGAACUAUGCAAAUACAGACCCCUCUGUCCCCACCAUAUCUGCCCCCUGGUCUCACAGCCUUCCACACCCGCUCAUAGGCGGAGGCACGUCAUGGGGUCUGUAGCUGGGUCAAGGGUAUCCCUCAGUUAAUGGAUGGAAAUUUCCACGAAGAGCCUGCAUUUCAGUUAUUUCCUUAGGAUUAAAGAGGCCUGCACAGAGAGGCCCUCGGGUGGGCCAUCAGAUUUUCCUGGAGGACUCUCCUAAAUUCAUCGAGUUCUUAAAAUGUGAAUCUUUGGAAAGCUUUGAGUUCGGAAUCUACUGCUUUGGAAUAUUUCCCUUGGGCCUCCUUCAGCCACUUCGCUUGUUAAAAGAGUGAUGCUUUGGGCAUGGUUUUAUUUUUCCUUUUUAGAAGACAGGGUGUUGAAGUCCAGCCUAUUUAAAAACCCCACCAUUUGGAGAAUUACAAGGGAUUUGUCCUGAAUUAUAGUGUUGGUGAGCCCAAGGCACUCGUGCUAAUGCUUUUUGUCUCGGUUGCUAUUCCAAGAGCAGGAGGAGGAAGUUGGCCAAUUCCGGGUGGAUGUGUGGGUGUGUGCGGAGGGGGGUGCCUCUCCCAGAUGCAGCCAGAGGACGGACAAGUGGGCAACUGGAUGGUCGCCGGCACACACCCUUCCCACUUACGGGGGCCCUGACGCGGCUCCGUGGUGCCAGUGCAGGAUCUCUGGAGUGAAUCAGCCACACAGAAAUGAGGCAUGGCGGAGCAUCCAAAUGGAUCUUUAUUGCUGGUGGAGCAAACAAACAGAAAGAAACAGCUUUUUUAAGGACUUUUUAAGGAUAAUAUUGGAAUGUACUAGCAUUCACGUUUGUGCACACUGGCCGGAAUAUAGGAAUUUUGUUUUGAACAGUCUUGUUAGGACUUCAUGUUAUUGUGAUUAUGGGAAGAAAUGCCAUACAGUUUUAUCUUCAGGGUUAGUCUGGGCAGAGAGGUGGUUCUCCGCCAUGCCCCCGGCACCUAGCUCAUAGGUGACUGAUAAAAGUUUGUGGAACUUAAACUCUUUUUUUGAACACCAAAUAUAUAUAUGGGGCAUUGUUCUGGUGGGUGUAUCAAGCUCCCAGAAGCCUGAAUUCAUAGUAGGAUCACUUGCAAGGAUUUGCAAAGGAGUCUUACCUGAAGUGGAAGAAAUAUCAGGGACUUUUGUUGAAUGUUUAAAAUCCAGUUUUCAGUUUAAAUUCAGGCAGUGUUAACAUGUCAAGGUGGGUAACGUGCCUUUUUUGGAGGUGACCAGGAGCUUCUGGAUAGGACAGGGAGAAAUAGGUGUAUCUUAGGGCCUUACUCCCAGGUGUAAGGGUCUCUGAUCACAGCAGGAGCAGCGCUGCGCAGCCUGGACAUUCAUGGUCCCCUUUGCUCUGUGACGACAGCAGCCCUGAACAAUUCGAAUCUGUCUUCUUUUCCAGGAGAAAGUGUACCUCCCUGUGUACCUCCCUUCACAAUUUACAGAUAGCUUCCCUACUUAAUCCAACUCUGUCCUCACAAUCACCCAGUGAAUUUGGUAGAGCUUAUUCAUGUAUUGUUACCUUUUAAAAAAAAGAAGGGAACUAGAGUUCAGAAUCAUCAAGGGCGUGGCCCCCAGGGUUUCCUGGCUCUUUAAGGCAAAGCUGUAGCAAGAUUUUAGGUUUGCUGCUCUCUGGAGCUAGAUUCUUUCUUUCAUACAAUACUCCUCCUCAAGAAAUGACCUCCCCAGAAGUGUCCAGCUGCACUGCACACGCCCUUGACCCAGCUCUGGAGAAGGAAGUAAAAAGCUUGGGUCCCCAAUUGGGUUCUAACCAAAGUGUGGCUCUUCUUCCAGGUGACACGUAGCACCCCUGAGUUAGAGCUUUCUGCUUUGCUUUUGGAAAAGGCUUGGGAGCUGGGGCGGCAGUCGUCACCCACAGGACAGCCACAGCGACGUAGGCGAACACGGCAGUUGGUGUGGCCAGUUAACUUGGACCUCCUGAAGAUGGCCUCCUUGUGGGGACAUGAGGGGAAAAAGGCAACUGGGAGAAUUACUGCCUUUACUUUGGGACGACUUUUAUGUUGAUAACUUGGGAUUUCUUGAUAGUCUUUAGCCCCAGAAACCCCUAUUUACUUCAUGAGAUUUAACUCCUAGUUCUUUAAGGAAAACAAAAUUCUAUUGUGUAAUAGCCAGCACGUGCCCAGCCGUGAGUGGGAGCUGUUCCUGGACAGCUUUCCACGCCCUGGGAAGUGAUGAGAUGGGAACUCAGGGUGCCCUUACCCCCUCUGCUGACCUGCUCCCUUUCUCUCACUAACUGAGCCCCAUCUAGGCAAAAUUAGAGUGCCAAACAGUUUUCUUCUCAAUCUUAAAGCAGUAUACCUUCCCACAGACUGGCCUGUUUCCCUGCUAUUCUGUUAUUUUGAGAGCAGAAACCACCACCUGUCAAAUGAGAGGACUCAUCUAGAAGCUCUCUGAGGUCUCUCUUGGCUCUGGCAUGGUAGGGGUCUCCAAGAAACCCCACCUGGAAUUCAGUAUCACCAGGAAAUUACCAGAUAUGUGACAAGUAAUACGAUGACCAGAAGGUGGCGCUGCGUUUCACGUGUGAGGAUGCAUGGUUCGGAAAGGGAAUGUGGGCGCCUCUUGUGUCACGAGUUAAUGUUAAGAUGCUAAUGUUUUAAUCAAAAUAGGCACUGAUCAUAAAUAGGAAGAUAUGCGCUUUUCUCACAGUAAAUUUUCUUUGUCAUAAAACUGGUGUCAGGAAUCACAGAAAAACCGACAGUGAUGGUCCUUCCAAGUCAAGAUUUUAUCCUGAUGGGAAAUUGGGCCAUCUCCAGCUGAGAGAGCAGGUUGGCUGGAAGCUUGACUUUUGUUCCCUCUUCUCUUCUGCCAGCUUUUAGGGUAAUUUGAUUAUGAAAAAGCGGAUUUUAUGGACAGAAAAGGGGAGGUAUCAAAUUGGUUUAAGGGGAAAAAAAGUCAGUUUUACUGUCUGUUGUAUCACAAGUCUGUUAAAACACUAAAAUUGUAACCAAAAUAAAUGUCUUACAUUACAAAUGA